UGCUAGAACUGGCCACUCACCGCACAGAAAUGUAGGGCAUUUGAAUCCGUGAAGGAGGGGGUAAAAACCGGACCGGGUGAAGUUUCACUUUAGAAAGCACCUAAGUUGACAGCUGCUGAAGUUAUUCAAUGUCAUGCCACGUAGAGAAAACUAGAAUAAUUUAUUAGAUCCAUGCGAUAUUGCAAUUUUGGCUGUCUAAACAACGUUGUCCUACGCGAGUAAAUUAUAGGAACCUUCCAUUAGCUGUCCAAGGUGUCACUCGGAACUAUUUCUUAGCCGGACUACAUAUACAUAUAGCCUCAAAACGAUGAAGACGUUAUGAAGAAAAUUACCGUUUAAAUGAUAUCGUACGUAGUUUGCAAUUCAAUUAUAUCAGAGACGUGAAAUAUACAACUCCAGGAGAAGUGUGAAGUAUAUAAGUAUGGAGUCGGGGCGACGGAAGGGUCUCAGCGGGGUCCUGUCUUCCUUGUCACUGCUCUGUGUCAUUCUGGACCUCCAGUUGGACGGUGUCUUGGGGGCAACUCAUGUGGAGAUUGAGCAGCACUUGGAGAUGGGCCGUAAACUGUUGGCUGCCGGUCAACUGGCGGAGGCCCUGUCCCACUACCACUCUGCAGUGGAGGGCGACUCUAAGAACUACCUGACCUACUACAAGCGGGCAGCUGUGUUCCUGGCUAUGGGAAAGUCCAAGUCUGCCCUGCCGGACCUGACCAGAGCCAUCCAGCUCAAACCUGACUUCCUCGCUGCCAGACUGCAGAGAGGGAAUAUCUUCUUGAAGCAGGGUAACACCCAGGAGGCCCGGGAGGACUUUGAGGCUGUGCUGCAGCGAUCCCCUGACCAGGACGAGGCGCGGAACCAGCUGAUGAGGGCCAACGAGCUUGAGGAGCUGCAGGAGGAGGCCCACGCGGCCCACCACAGAGGAGACUACAGCACCACCAUCACUGUGCUGGACCGCGUUGUAGAGCUCUCCCCCUGGGACCCUGAGUCUCGGGAGCUCCGGGCUGAAUGCUACAUUCGUCUGGGAGACCCUCGGAAGGCCAUCCAGGACCUGACCCCCACCACCCGGCUGAGGAACGACAACCGAGCUGCCUUCCUCAAGCUCAGCACCCUGCACUAUGACCUGGGGGAGCACCAGGAGUCACUAGGUCACGUCAGGGAGUGUCUGAAGCUGGAUCAGGACGACAAGGAGUGUUUCUCCCAUUACAAACGGGUGAAGAAGCUCAGCAAGCAGCUGGACUCUGCCGAGGAGCACAUCCAGGAGGAAAGGUAUCAGGAUGCCAUAGACAAGUAUGAGUCAGUGAUGAGGACAGAGCCUAAUGUCCCAUACUACACCAAUAAGGCCAAGGAGAGAAUCUGCUUCUGCUUGGUCAAGAACAAGAUGCCUGCUAUGGCAAUAGACAUUUGUUCGGAGGCCCACCAGAGAGACCCACGCAACAUCAACAUCCUCCGCGACAGAGCUGAGGCCUUCAUCCUCAACCAGGACUACGAGAAAGCGGUGGAGGACUACCAGGAAGCGAGGGAGUUUGAUAUGGAGAACAAUGAGAUCAGGGAAGGUCUGGAGCGAGCCCAGAAACUGCUCAAGCUCUCCCGGAAGAGAGAUUAUUACAAGAUCCUAGGUGUCAAUAGGAGUGCCAACAAACAGGAAAUAAUCAAGGCGUACAGGAAACUGGCCCAACAGUGGCAUCCUGACAACUUCAGAGAGGAGUCGGAAAAGAAGGAGGCAGAGAAGAGGUUUAUCGACAUCGCCUCUGCUAAAGAGGUGCUCACCGACCCAGAAAUGCGCCAGAAGUUUGACUCCGGUGAGGACCCCCUGGACCCAGAGAGUCAACAGGGAGGCGGUCAGGGUGGCCAGGGAUGGCCCUUCCACUUCAACCCCUUCGAGUCUGGCGGCAACUACCACUUCAAGUUCCACCACUAGUGAGGACGAGACAAGAACCAUGGGGGGGGGGGGGGGGGCUGACUGACAAUUGGAGGAUUUUAGGGCUAUGACAACCCGUGGAGUAACUGGUGGAUGUACCCAGGGGUUGGAUUUGGGGGAUUCAGGUUGGAUAUGGGGUGUUGUGGGUAAUGUAGUGAGACAAUGGGGAUGUGAAUGACACUGUCAAAGGCGUUGGACUACUACUGUACUGCGAGGGGUUGAGUUGUACAGAGUUAAACUUUCCUACCACAGAUUCUACAUGGAUGAAACUAAGUGACAAUGUUGUCGGCUGUUGACUUGAGCGGUCGAAGACGAGCAAAUAAAGUCCUGAAUUGGUGCGCUGUUCAGUCCUCCCAACUUGGCCCAGGCUGUUGAUCCUGUCAUUGCAUCCCUCCAUGUUAUUUUUCUUUGGGAUGUCUGCUGCUGCUUUUACUUUUGCUUGGUAUUUCUUCCAUUUUUCGUCUAUUCAACGUAGCUCUUUUGGUUUUUGCUCGACUAGCCUGGAUGCUGGACUGUUUCUCCAUUUAUUUAAAGGCCCAGUGCAGUCAAAUGUUAUUUUCCUCUGCUAUAUAUAUAUAUAUAUAUUCUCUCUCAGGAUGGAUUAAUAUUGUGAAAAUUGUAUAAUGCCCUUUUUAGUACAAGAGCUCUUUGAAAUUUCAGCCUGUUUUGGUGGGAUGGAGUUUUGGCCUGCCUGGUGACCAAUAAGAAAGAGUUACAAACCCCUCUGCCAAUAAAGCUUGACCACUCCCAGACAGUCCUAGUAAAAUUAUUGCUUGAGAAAUUACAAUUUUCAAAGAAAACAAUUUGAAAUGAAACCAAUUACAAUAAGGUACUUCAUUGUUACCCAAAAAUGAUUUGAUAUUGAGAUAAAAACACUGUAUUGGACCUUUUUAAUAAUACUUGGAUAAGCUCAAGUCGGAUAAAAGCAGAUUCAGACUGACACCCAAGCUACUCAAACUGAUUUAUAUUCAGAGCUUUCAGAAUGUUUUAGAAGAGAUUGAUGUCGUUUUCUUCUUCACUAAACAAUGUUUGUUAUAUUUCUAUCUGCAAAGCUUUGAAUGUUCUCCACUGAGUAUACCCUUGACUUGACUUAAUUGACACAACAGGUGUUAUGGAAGAGUUGGUGACCUACUCCUUCCUGGUUGUGUACCCAAUCAAAAGGGUGAGUGGAUGAAGCAUGUCUGUCUACUUCCUGAAAGAGCCUGUGUUAUCUCUCCCUUUUCAUUGAUUUGAAAGUGUCUUUUGAAAACUUUUUCAUUUACCGGUCUUUUUAAUAACUAAUCCUCCUGUGUUCCCCAGUCCAAAGCAACUGAAGGGACUCCCUGCAACGACAAACAGAUGACUUGCGUCAUUUUAGUGUAUCAAACAAAUUAUGGACUACAACCAAAUGAUGGAUUGUCAAUAUCAUCCUGUCAAGUCCACUGUUAACAUAAUGAGUUCUAAGGAUGCAGUAUAGCUGUAACUGAAAGCUUUUUAUGUCACCGACUGCUCAACUACGUGAUCAUUUUAAUGUGACCACUGUUGAAUAACUUCCUGGUACAGGUUUGUUUCUAGGGGGUUUUCUCAUUGCCAAACAGAAUGAACUAAAAUGCUCAAACUAUUAAAAUAUGGAAACAAACAA